AUGGUCGCAUCACGAGCCGACGCCCUCGAGAAGGAGCUCUACGAAGAGAAGGUUGCACACACUGCGACCAAACAAGAAGUCAUCGAUCUCCGGAAGCAUCUGACGGAUUCGGAGCAGAAGCGGAGGGUUCUUGAAGGCGACAACCAGCUCUUGGUCCUCAAGUGCAAGUUCCUGGAGGGAGAUGGUGAAGACAAGGAUGUUGGAAGCAGCGAUGGCGACAUGGGAGCAGUCGUUACCGAAGACGAAGCGCUCAAAGCUGCCCUACCCGACGCGCCAAUCCAUCAUCCAGAGAUCUACAAAGCACGUUCGACUUCGCAUUCGGAAGGUCAGAACAGCAUGUCUUCCGCAAACUACUUGAACCACAUCACUAACGGUCUAUCAGAGGACGACGUCGCCGCCUCGACCCAUGGUACCAAGCGGACUUUUGAUGAAACGAACUUGGACGAUCAGCGCGUGAUAGUAUGCAUCGACUGCUAUCAACACAAGCUCCGAUGCGACCCCGGAGAGCCUUGCAACAACUGCUUCAACUCCAACCGCGUCUGCAAAAGGGCCAAAUGCAGGGACUACGAGACUGGACAAUGCAAGCGAGUCAGUUGUCUGAGAGCACAUCGCCAGGAUGAGGAGGUGUACGAGAACAUCGUUCGCGCAGGACAUGUCCCCAGGACCGACCCUUCCAAGCCCAUCAUGCCUAGGAAGAGGCCGCGGAGCUUCCGGUACCGAAAGGACGACGAUGACAAGAAGGGGGGUUCAGGAGGCUCUGGGGGUGGUGGUGGGGGUACUGGCUUAGCUCUGCGUUACUAG